CCCCGGCCAUGAAGGCGCCGGCCGGCUGCGGGCCCCGGGCGCUGGGCUGGCUGCCGCCGGUGCUGCUGCUGCUGUGGCUGGCGCCGCGGCCGGGGCCCGUCGGGGGCCAGCUGCGCUACGCCGUGCAGGAGGAGCUGCCGCGGGGCGCCGUGGUGGGCAACGUGGCGGCGGACCUGGCCCUGGAGCCCGGCCUUCUGGCCUCGCGGGGCGCCCGCCUGAGCUCGGGCAGCGGCCGGCGGUACCUGGCGCUGGACCUGGGCCGCGGCUUGCUGCUGGUGAAGGAGCGCAUGGACCGGGAGGCGCUGUGCCCGCUGGGCCCGCCGGCCUGCUCGCUGGCCCUGGAGCUGGUCAUCGAGCAGCCGGUGGAAGUGCACGGCCUGGAGGUGGAGGUGCUGGACGUCAACGACAACGCGCCCCGCUUCCCCAGCCCGGAGGCGCGCCUGGAGCUCAGCGAGUCGGCCGUGCCGGGCGCCCGCUUCCCCGUCGAGGGCGCGCACGACCCGGACGUGGGCACCAACUCGGUGCAGACUUACCGGCUCAGCCCCAACCAGUACUUCGCCCUGGACCGGCGCGGCUUCGAGCGCGGCAGCAAACUCCUGGAGCUGGUGCUGCUCCGGGCCCUGGACCGCGAGCAGAGCCCCCUCCAGCAGCUGGUGCUCACCGCCCUCGACGGCGGCCAGCCGCCCAAGUCGGCCACGGCGCGCCUCUCCGUGCGCGUCUUGGACACCAACGACAACCCCCCGCAGUUCGACCGCGGGACUUACACGGCCCGGCUGCUGGAAAACGCCGCCCCCGGCACGCUGGUGGUGACCCUCAACGCCUCCGACCCGGACGAGGGCUCCAACGGCCAGGUGCGCUAUUCCUUCAGCGGCUACACCCCGCAGCAACUGCAGCGGCUCUUCACCAUCGACCAGGCGUCCGGGGAGGUGAAAGUGAACGCCACUUUGGACUACGAGGAAGCUCCUUCCUAUGAGAUCUAUGCCCAAGCCACGGACAGUGGCUCUGUCCCCAUGGCCGGACACUGCAAAGUGCUGGUGGACCUGGUGGAUGCCAACGACAACGCCCCGGAGGUGGUGCUGACCUCCUUGUACAGCCCCGUGCCUGAGGAUGCCCAUCCCGACACCGUGGUGGCCUUAAUGAGCGUCACUGACCGGGACUCUGGCCAGAAUGGGCAGGUGACUCUCAGCUCUCCUGCCCACCUGCCUUUCAAGCUCAAUUCCUUCAAAAAUUCCUACACCCUGGUCACGGUGGGCCACCUGGACCGGGAAAAGGCCCCCGCCUACAACAUCACCAUCACAGCCACAGAUGCUGGGGUCCCUCCCCUGACUUCUCACAGAGUCAUCCAGGUGGACGUCUUGGAUGUCAACGACAAUCCUCCCCGCUUUGAAGAGCCCCAAUACUCUGUUUACAUCCCGGAAAACAAUGCCCUUGGGGUCUCCCUCUGCCGCACCAAGGCUGUUGACCUCGAUGCCGAUGAAAACGCCUCUGUUUCCUACUCCCUGCUGAACAGAGAGAUUGAAGGGCUGCCCGUGACCUCUUACGUCUCAAUUCAGCCGGACACCGGCACCCUUUACGCCGCCAGCUCCUUUGACUAUGAAAAGUUGAGAGAGUUCCACAUUGUCGUCAAGGCCCAGGACUCCGGGGUGCCAGCCCUCAGCAGUACGGUCCCUGUUCAUAUCUAUGUGGUGGACCAGAACGACCACCCACCCCAGAUUCUGUACCCUACCUCAGUCAAUGGCUCGGCGGUGGUGGAGAUGAUCCCUCGCUCGGCCGGCGCAGGUUACUUGGUCACAAAAGUCAUAGCCCUUGAUGCAGACUCUGGGCAGAACGCUUGGCUGUUUUUCCACCUUGCCCAGACAUCAGCUGAGGAUGUCUUUCAAGUGGAUGCUCACAGUGGGGAAAUUAGGACAACUCGCAAAUUGGGGGAGGACAUCACAAACACCAUCAACAUUACUGUUGUAGUGAGAGACAACGGACAGCCUCUGCUGUCUUCCUCUGUGUCUAUAAUCGUUGCUGUGGUAGAUCGAGUUUCCAGAACUGUUCCCGAUACCCGAAGGCACGUGAAGGAUUCCAGAAAUUACUCAGAAAUCACUGUUUAUCUCAUCAUCGCUUUGAGCUCUGUCUCCUUCGUCUUUCUCUUGACCGUUCUGGUCCUCACAGUGAUCAAGUGCUAUGGAUACGUCACCCGUGGCAGCUCCUGCUGUGGAGGGUUCUGUGGGACCCCUCGAAAAAGAUUCCCUGCCGAAACGUACAAGCAGGCAAACAACCACCCGGACACCAGGCUGCCCCCUACCUUGAAAGUACAGCCCCGUUUCAUUGAAGUGCGGGGCAAUGGGUCUCUCUCCAAGACUUACUGCUAUAAAGCCUGUCUGACAGACGGGUCGGGUAGCGACACCUUCAUGUUCUACAAUACCGGAGGCCCAACAGGGAUGGCUUCCCCGGCUGUGUUGACAGACAGGCAUCUGACCGGGCAGAGCGGGCUGAGCUCUCAAAACUUGAUCGUACUGAAGAGUGAGCCCAUUACUCCAAAUGAGGUCUUGUGUGCCAAAUUAGCAGUUUCUGAGAACUAGCAAGGAAAUUCCAGGGAUGGUUUUAAUGGGCCAAGUCUGAUAGACAGCCAACUGAGGACUGAAUGCC